AUAUAAGCCCCAGGAUCACGCCCACUCAGUGCAAUGGCGGUUUUACCGAAACCACCAUCCCCCUGAUUCUCAUGCAGUGCCCCUCUUCCCACACUUCCUGAAAGAGCAAAAAGAAAUCCAUGGUGGCCUCUCUCUCAUGAGAAAGCGGCCAUCAUCGUCCCUCUCUAAAAUGCUGGCUUCCCCACACCAACCAACACCAUCAAUCCUGCACUUCUUUGUUGGUACUCUAAAAAUCCCACCUUCUGUCUAAGAACUUAUUGGGUUUUGGGUUUGAAUCACAGAUCUUCCCAAAAGCAAAACGAAGAGAGAGAAGCAGAACGAUAAAGCAUGUUGAGGAAGAGGUCUAGAGGUGUUGGCAGUAAAACCGGCCUGAUAAGUGAGAAUGUGCCCUGUGGUUCUCUAUUAUCAUCUGCUGGUAGAAAAUAUGGCAGAUCGACAUGCCCAUUUUUCAGCUCGCCUAGAUUGUUCACAGGGCUUAGUUCAAAGGGACAUCAGGAGAAUGAGUCCAUAAGGAGCCCAACUUCCAUUCUUGACAGCAAACCUUUCUCUGGGUUUGGGAACUACUUCUGGCCUGAUAGGAGGUCUCAGUCACCGGAAUCAGGUGCUGAGAGUAAGCACCAUCCCUCCGUUGCUCUUGGCCUGGUUGAUGCUCUGGAUCAGGAAACUGAUAUUGAAAAUGGGUUCUCCAAACCAGAGAACAAAAUGGUGUUGUUUGGCUCACAGCUCAGGAUUCAUAUUCCCCAGCGAGCAGACUCCCCUGUUUUCAGAUCCCCUGUUACCAGCUCUCCUUCUUCGGCUUCGUCCUGCCGAUCGAAUUGGGGGGCGGAAGAGUCGCCGACGGUGUGCCUCACGCCGAGAGAGAUGGAGCAGUCUGAAGACUAUACCUGUGUGAUCACUCGUGGCCCGAAUCCGAGGACCACCCAUAUAUAUGGCGACCGCAUCAUUGAGAGCUGUAAUACUGGGUCUCCUGCCAGUAGUAGGAAGGAGCAACCUGUGUUUGCUGAUCGCCGGGAAGUAUACCCGUCGAAUAGUUUCCUGAGUUUCUGCUAUGCCUGCAGGAAGAAACUUGGCGAGAAGGAUGAUAUCUUCAUGUACAGGGGCGAGAAAGCAUUUUGCAGCAGCGAAUGCCGAUACCAAGAGAUUCUUUUUGAUGAGGGAAUGGAGAAACUUGCGUCCAGUUCAUUCAAGUCACCAGCACUGGUUCAUGGUCUUGAGAUCUUUGAAUCUGAUUACUGAUGAGAGGAGAAGAGGUUUUGAGUUUGAAUACCAUCGAACCCAUUUGCAAGGGCUGUAUUGACUUCUCGCAGCCACAGGCAAUGUGUGUAAAUUUCUCUGGGUGCACCACCCGAUACAAUUUCAACUUUCAGCUUGGGAUUUACGGAGAUUUCUUUGAUCUUCCUUUUUGUUGACUGCUCUAUGACAAAGCAUCACCAUUUCUCAGAGAAGAGUGCCUACGGGUUCAGUUUCUCCAGGCCAAUCAGAACAAGAAGGGAACUUUAAAAGCACUAAUUCUGAUAAAUAUACAUAUAAGAAGCGUGGAUGGUUUCCUCCAUGACUUCAUUAUGAUUAAGCUUAGUUUAUGUUUGGUGUCUCCUGUCAAUGAUGAUCACGGUGGGUGCUGUUGGUUUCUCCAACAGUUCUCGCUUUGGAUGAUGUGCGAACAAUGAAUUUUCGUCUGCUGAAUCACACUUUUUAUGAAUACAUAAUUCAAAAUCUCCCUCUC